UAGCAAAAAAUAUAUAAUUCUACUUAUUUAACCGUAUAAUAAUCCGGUAUUACUGAAAUGAAACUGCGAAUAUUCCAAAAAAGAUAUCUUUAUCUCAAUGUAAAUAUAUAUUUUUCUAUACAUUCAUUACAUAGUGCAAUCUAUAAUUAUCCAAAAAAAAAAAAAAGUAGUCCAGUACCUUCUUUCAGAAAAAGAAAAAAUAGCCCAGUACCGUAAUAUACUAUUCCAAUGGCAAUAAGAAAUCCGUAACAGCCUGAAAUAAUACUCAUAACCUUUGUCUUAAUUCCAACAGCCGACAAAAGCUCCUGUCUUUCAACCUCAAAUCCUACCCAUAUAUAUAUACAAGUUGAAUUUUGCUACUAUCUAUUCUCUCUGAAAAAAAAUUCCUGAUCUCCUAUUUUCAUGCAAAGAAGAAAGCAAUUACUGUAGCCCUGUGUAGAACAAGAUGGAUUUAUGGGUUCUUUUCUUUCUGUGUUCACUGUAGCAACUAGCUAGACAUCCUCACAUGGCGGAUCUGUUUCAGAGCUCUAUUUUUGGCAGAAACAGAUUGGAGGGUAUUAUUUGGGGUGCAAAGUUAGUGUUAUUAUCUGCAGGGAUUAUGGCUGCUAUAAUUUUUUUCAAAGUGGCAAUGGUCCCAUUUGCAUUUGACCUCAUUCUCUCCACUCUUCCCAGCCUUUGGAUCUCCCUCCAUAGCUGGCUAUCUCCACCUUACAUUUACAUAGUCCUCAACUUCAUCAUCAUCAUCAUUGCUGCUUCCUCUUCACUCCAGCACCAGAACAGCAACCUAAACAGCAGAAAAGCAUCCUCCACAAAAACCCAAUCCAUUACCACAGACAAAAGCCAAAGCAAGUAUCAUUUCCAUGAUCUUUGGCAAGAUGAUAAUCAUGAUCUCCAAGAUGAUGAAAAACAAGCGAAAACCAGCAACCCAUCUACGGAGCCAUCCUCCCCUGACUGUGGCUCAAGUCAAAACAGUCACUCCCACGAUCCCUGUCAGGAUGAUGUUCAAGAAGUUGAAGAACAACAACCCCUUGUAAAACCCCUCAGCCCAGACAUCCCCAAUCCAGCAGAAGAGGAAGAGGACACACUUGAAGGGACGUGGAAGUUGAUAAUGGAAGGGAAAGGAAAGGCAGCGCGGGAGCUGAAGAAGAGCGAGACGUGGGGCACACCUCCCAGGUUGGCGGUGGUGGUACAAGGGGAUGGAGAUAAAGAUGCAGAUGAUGAUGAUGAUGGUGGUGAUCCAAAUGACCCGGUGGCAUGGGCUCGACGGGAGCUGAGAAAAUCAGAUACGUUUAGUGACAGAGUGUCGUUAAGGAGGGAGAAGUCGAUGAGUCACGAUGAGUUGAACCGGCGAGCGGAGGCGUUUAUCAACAAGUUCAAUCAUGAGAUGAGGAUGCAGCGACAUGGAAUCCUAUCAACUUUUCAUGGCCAUGGUUAAUCUUGGUGUUUAAUCUUUUAUUAAUUAAGUUCUUGCUUAGUUAAUCAUUUUAUUUAGUAAGUAAAUGCAAGUGUGACUAUGUGUUUUAUGCAUUAUAGUGGUUAAAGAUUAUGAAGCAAUGAGGUACAUUGGUGGGUA